CUAAACACAUUCGAGAGAAAAUGAAACUAGAAUUAAUCAAUUUGCAGAACGAAGAAGCCACCGAUUUGCAGAGCAAAUUAGCGUUAGCAUCUCAAGAAAAUGAAUUUGAAAAAAUCACAGACGAUGCAAAGUCUAAUAGACGUUUGCAAAAAGUCGAAAAAGAGGAUAAAGCAAAAAAUUUUGAAUCACAUCUCGAACUUAAGAAAGGUGAAAAUUCUUCAAUACAAUAUUUUUCUUUACCAGAAGAAAAUGAACCUGGAAAAAUAACAGAUGAUUAUAUAAAGCCUGAUAGACACUUGCAAAGAGUUGAAAAAGAGGAUAAAGCAGAAAAUUUUAAAAUUUUAAAACAGCCAUUGCCUCUUAUAUGGGAAGGAAAAUGCAAAUCAAUCAAUGGCAUCAUCAUUGGUAAAUAUUCAAUUGAACAAUCAAUUGAUCCUGUGAUGGUUUAUAAAUAUUCACCAAAGCUAAUAAUUGAAUACAAGAAAUCGAAAAACAUGAAGAUUUCGUAUGCGUCAAAAAUACGGGAUUCUUUUAUGCUUUCUGAGGGAAUAGAAAUUGAUGAAAGUUCAUCUGAAGAUUUAAAGAAUUUUUUGAUGCUAUUCGAUAUGAAUCUCAGCAAAUAUUCAGAUAAUGCCUUUUUAAAUGAUCUAGAAACGCAUGACGUUUAUUUUGAGAUUACAAGUGAACAAGUCACAAUUGCAUACGAUAUUCAAAAUAUUAACGUCACUGGUGAAUUAAAAUUUUCUGUUGAAAAAGCUUUAAAGUCAAAUACGCCAAUUGAAGAUUUAAAACACGUUUUUAACAAAUUUGGACAUCUAUUCACCACAAAACUAAUAAUUGGUAAUAAAUUACAAAGAAUAGUGCGCUUAAAUGGAGAAAAUAAUGACAAAGAAAAUAAAAGGUCAAUUUAUUUACCAGAAUUUAAUGAAUUAGAUAAUGAAACUUUAAAUCGCUGGAAGAAAGAAAUUCAACCGCAUGACUCUUCGUAUCUGUUGACUAUGGAUGGUGGCUCAAUUGAAAUCAACAAAAUUUCGAAAUGGCUUGAAAAUAUCCCAUUAUUCGAAACAGAAUGGCUUAUUAUCAAGCGUGUCGUUAUCCCAUUAUAUAAAAUUCUUGCUAUUGAUCAAAAGCAAAAAAUUGAAAAACUUUUCAGUAAACAAGACCAUAUUUUAAUGACCAAUACAACUACAAUUUUGGACUUUGACACUGGAUAUCAACGGAUAGACUUUAAUAGCAAACUAAAAAGCAGCAGUUAUCAAAUUUUUGGAAAAGUAGUGGAUGCCAAUGGCCAAACAUUUUCAAAUAUUUAUGUGAAAUUUAGUCUGGAAUCAGAAUAUGGGUUUUCUGUAAAUUGGAUUCAAGCUGGCGAUUCAUUACAAACACCACCAUAUAAUCUUGAAUGGAUGUUAAUUGGCUGUCCAAGUGAAAUUGGUUACUUUGACUCAACAACUCGUGAUAAAGAAAUUAAAACUGGAUCUACAGAAUUGAAAAUUGCAUCCAGGAAAGAAGCAACAAUUCUGAAAGAUGAAGAUCUAACACAACAAUGGUCUUGCCGAAUAAAUCUUGACAGAUCUCUUUCUCCAUCUUCUGUUGUUUCACUCAACGUCGAAUAUCCUACUACACGAAAAACGCCAAUUCUCAAAGCAAGUUAUCAGAUAUUACCAGAAUCUCAUUCAAAUAUUGAGAUAAAAGUUGAGCCAAUCAAAGAUGAGUAUGUUGAAUUUUUGAGUGAGGAUGAAGAGAUUACAGUUGCAGUUCGCUGGUGUGUAGUAUUUGAAGGGAGUAUGACUAGAGACUGGAGUUUAAUAUUUAGUAAAACAAUCAUAUUAAAUACUCAGCCACAGCAUUUUUAUGGUAAAUAA